UCGUGUAUGAAUUAUGCACCACCACCUGCAUAAUGAUGCACCACCGUUGUUACUUUGUACACCGACGUGCAUGAAUCGUACACGAUCGUUGCCAUUUUAGCAACUACCGUGUAUGAAUCAUGCACCACCGUUGUCAUUUUUUUUACUCGUGUGCAAUCGGCUGCAUAUUUACCAUUUUUUCCGUGUUAUUGAAAGAGAAAGGACGCAUUGUGCAAAAAAUUUAUUGAAAAUGAAUAAUAAUUCGCAAGAUCCUCAAAAUAUCAUUGGUGAGUUGUUAGAAAUCGAUGGCAAUAUUGUUGUGGUUCGCGAUACAAACCAUUGCAGCAGUCAAGAUGCGGAAAACAAUGAGGACGAUUAUAUGUUAAGGGAGUUCUUAAAAGGAAUAAAUAUGGAGUCGCUUUUUGAACAAUUAAAAGCAUCACAUGUAACAUUUCGCAGCUUGCAGUACUUGAAAAAAGAAGAUUUAAAGGAAGCAGUGCCACCAUUGGGACUGCGUGUUGAAUUCAGAGAAAAGCUCUUUGCUUGGAAAAAACGAAAGCUCGGGAUUGAUGACGAAACUAUGUCAGUUCCAUCUAAAAUAGGUGAAUGGUGGAAACGCAACGAGACACCUGCAAGUACUCCUGGUACUCCCGACACUACAGGUUCGAACUGCUCAAAAGCCAAAGGAAUUUUGUCAGAGGAUCUAACGGAAUUGUUAACACAUACCUCGAAGGGGAAACUAGCGCUUGAAUGUAGUAGCGUUAAUAAGAAAUUAAGUGACGAGCAAAGAGAUGAUAUAAUUAAUAUAAUUAUUGAAGAUAUUUUAACCAACAAUGUUACUCUUUACACUCAAGACUAUAUGCGCAUAUUGGAUGAAAUUUGUUCCGUUUUUCCUCUUGAAAACGAAAUGAGGGAUUAUUAUUACAUUUCAAGAAAAGGAAAGAACAACGCAAGCGGAAAACUUUAUGCCAAGUAUAGAAACAAGAAGUCCAAAAGAAUAAAGCUUUUGAUUUCCGAGCCUAGCACAAGCAAAGCAGCAACUCACACAUCUCCUAAUUUUUGUAACAAAGAUGUUCCCGAAAUUGAUGAAUCAGUUGAAAAUUCAUUGAAAGCUUCCUUACUAAGAGAAUGUAAUGAUUGGGGAUCGAUCUGCGAAAAAUGGAAAAGAUCUUUUAACAUACGGCAAAGAGAUAUAAAAAAUUUAAGUAGCCAUACAUUUCUCCUUGAAUGGACGAAGUUGUCCGAUGCAAGAGCUUCAGAAUUGGUCAACAUUGAUUUCGAUAUUAUGUAUCCACAGAAAGGCAAUCUUCUACUUUCUAAAUGGGACCAAUUUAAGAAAAAAAUUUACAAUUAUUAUGGGAAAAAUAUUCAUAACGAACAUUGCAAACAACUCUUCGCAAAUGUUUUGACGGCAAGCAGCAUAGAUGCUCAAGAUUAUAUAUACGCAAUACUGUUGAAUUCAGUUUUACCAUCACCUGCUAGGUUUAAAUGUGGAAACGGUAAAUUACGAAAAAAAGUAACAAUAGCUGAUUCGCAGGAAAGUUUCGUACUGCGACUACCGACAAUUAACGAUUAUAAAAGGCAAAUUGAUACAGUCACUGAAAAGUAUUACAAUGCUGGAUUAACUAUACAGCCAUUUAUAAUUGUGGAGGGUUUGUCCGAUUUCAAUAUAAAAGGUUUUUAUGUUUUUUUUAACCACAAUUUGUUAAAAUUUCAAUCGUUCCUCGAAUGUUUAGAUACAUGUUUUAAAAUUUUUCAUGCACUUUCUUUAAAAUAUCCAAAUGCCUGCCAAAUUCCAUGGAUUUUUAUCCAAAAAUAUUUUUAUGAAAUUAAUACUGUAUAUGAUAUAAAAUCAGUUAAUUUGACUUCACUUAUUAAUUUCUGCAACAAUAAUUAAAGUACAAUUCAAAAUGUAUAUUUGCUUUCGUUGCCGUAAGCAUUUUGAUAAGGCAAAUCUUUUAAUAGCUCAUUUGAAAACAGACCAUUUAAUGUCCACUAAAUUUUUAAAAGUACAAUGCGUUCAGGACAACUGUAAGCAAACAUUUACAAAAUUUACGUCAUUCAGAAUUCAUUUAGAAAAACUUCACAAGAAUCACACAAAAGCUCCACCAAUGGUUAAAGCCAUUAAUGUGCCAGUUGAAAUGUCAUCAUCAAAAGAAAAUGAUUAUACAAACAGUGAAACUGUUAUUAACAACAAUACAAUA